AGGGCCCCGAACUACAAGUCCCAGAAAGCCGCGGUCGGGCCAGCCCACUUCCGGCCCCUCUUGGCUUUGAGUCCCGGGCUCCGCGGGCGGGUGCCUGACGGCGGUUUCCGGCCUUCCCGCGCGGCUCUUAGCGAUGUUUGCGCUCGGCGGCUAGUUCGUGCAAAUUAUUUUUCUGGUUUUUUAUUACAAAAGAUGUAUUUUGAGAAUACUUACUAAAUUUUUUCAUUUUAUUACAGUACAGCUGUGGGGAAAAAAGAAUAAUGACUUGCACAAGAUUGUCUGCCCUUGCCUGGGUGAACAGUCAAGACACAUGGCCCCAAGACUACCAAGAGCCCAAAUCCAGGCAAGUUUGAUUUUCCCUUUUCCUGAGAAAUUACCAUGUAUUUCGAAGGGAGAUUGGGUUUAUGCCUCUUGCCCUGAAACUUCUCUGCACGGAGUUUGGACCAAGAUGCCUGAACCAAUCCUGGAUGGGUCCAUCUCUACAGAGAAAGGCCCCCUCCCCACUGUCGUCUUUUCAUGCCUUCUUCUCUCCACAUAGUCAUCCACUGUCUUAGUUUCUUAGUGCUACUGUAACAGAAAUUUAUUUUCUUACUCUUCAGAAGGCUAGAAGCCCGAUUUCAGAGUACCGGUUUUAGGGGAAGGCUCUCUCUCUGUCAGUUCUGGGGGAAGAUCCAUGUCUAUUUCAGCAUUCCUCGGUUCCUUAGCGAUGGUCAUGUGGUAUAGCACUUAUCUUUCCCCGUUUGUGCUUGCUCGUCUCUGUGCUGUUCCUUAUAACUCAGAAAUAAUUAGGUUUCAGAUAUCCUACGGUGACAUGACCUAAUUAACAUAACAAAAAACACCCUGCUUCCAAAUAGGAUCACAUCCACAUAUAUAGAGGUUAGGAUUCCACAGUUCAAUCCCUAACACCCACCAAAUAGAUUAUUGCUAUCCAUACUUUCUAGAGUGCUAGAAACUGAAGAAUACUUCAUAAGCAAGGUGUAGCUGUUGCCCCCAAGGACCUUGCAGAUUCACAGAGAAUGAAAAACAGACAUGUUUAGCAUCCUGAGACCUAGAAGCUAAAGUAUCAGUGAUGCACAGGACACAGGGAAGGCAGAGUUCUGAAGUCUUCAGGGCGCGGUGGAGUGGUGGAGGUGAUCAUCUUAGCUCUUCCUGAAAAUAAAUGAAAGUUGCACAAUUACGGAGGAUGGGGUGUGGCUAGGGGAAUGCCCUGAAAAAGGAGUGAAGACACUAACAGACUGACCCCAGAGCAAGUUGGAAAUAUUCAGGGUUUAGAAUGCCUUUAUCCUGGAGAAAACUGGGUUUUGAAGGACUUUGGGAAGUUGACAGGAAGUAAUGAGCAUUUUGAAAGGAAUAAACAAAUAAUAUUUGAAUAUUUUUAAAAUGACUUGUUUUUAUUAUGCACAUUGACAGUAACAAAGAGAAUUUUAAAAAUCAAAGAUAACCCACAUUCCUACCACUCUGAACAAAACAAAUUAUUUUAUUGGAAACAUCUUCGCAUAUGUAUUUUUUAGGCUUACCCAUUUUUUCCUUUUAAUAUGUUAAUAGUUAUUAUCUCCAAUUUGCUCAUAGCCUUGUUACCACUUUUUAUAGCUGCCUUUUAUACUCCACUCCUCAGUCCUGUGACCUUGAUCAAGUUCUCUCAACUCUCAACCUUGGUAUCCUUGUCCACAAAAUAGAUUCCGUAAUGCCUGACACAGAUGUGGAAAUUCAAAGCGAUGAUAUAUACCUUAGAUCAUAGCACUGUGCUGGUAAAUAUUAAGUUGCUUCUGUAAAAGGCAAUUCUGAUUUUAAGUAAUCUGCCCCAGAAUCAGACCAUGGUCACUGUAAAUUCUAGGAUAAAGUAUGUCUUUCAGACUUUGUAUUAUUCGUUGAUUGAAUAAAUGCUUGAAUACUGACAGUAAAUAUAAACCUCUCCUGCCAGACAAUGAGAAACGCUGUGAAGAAAAAUAAAGCUGGAUACCUGGCUAGAGAUGAGGACAUUGGUGGUUCAGUGGUAAAAUUCUUGCCUUCCAUGCAGGGGACCCAGGUUCAGUUCCCAGCCAGUACAUCUCAUGUGUCGCCACCACCCGUGUCAGUGGUGGCCUGUGUGUUGCUAUGAUACCAGUUUUCAGCAGAGCUUCCAGACUAAAAUGAACUAGGAAGAAAGGCUGGUAAUCUACUUCCAAAAAUCAGCCAACGAAAACCCUGUGGAUUGCAACGGUCCAAUCUGCAGCCGAUCAUGGGGGUGGCGCAGGACCAGGCAGUGUGUCAUUCCAUUGUGCACGGGGUUGCUAUAAGUUGAGGGUCGACUUGAUGGCAGUUAACAAUAGGAUAGAGAGUGGUAGAGAAUGGGGGAGGAGAAAAGAGAAGACCUUUUUGAUGAAGUAACGUUUAAGCAAAGACCCGAUGAAGUGAGGGGUGAGCAAAUGCCAGGCUAAGGUGGGAGCAUAGUGGGCAUGUUGGAAGAAUGUUGAGGAGGGCAGCGUGGCUACAGUGAGGGGUUGCAGACCUCACCCUGCCCCAGCUCCUUCUCUUUUGAUUCUUUAUUCCAGUGGAACAAGUCGGCUACUUGAGUAUGUCCUAUGCUUUGUCUUCUUGGUCCUUUUGUUAAUGGUGUCUCAUUCCCUUCCCUGUAAACACAGUCUGAAAUUUCAGAAAGCUGGCCUUGAACAUCUUGCUUUUCUUCUCCAGCGAAGCCUUCCUGGCUGUCUACUUUGGGAUUCCUGGAAGAACAGAAUUGGGUUUGGCUUGCAGGGAUCACUGACGUUUGGGGAGUUAGCUGUAUAUAGUUUACUCAGAUUGAAUGGAGACACCUGGAUGCUACUCAACAGAUCCUGUACAGAGACGUGAUGCUGGAAAACUAUGGGAAUCUGGUGUCCACAGAUAAGGCUGUCUUUCUCCCUGACUUACAGUGGGUCUGCUGGGCAACUUUGUGUUUUCACAGGGACUUCUGUCUCCCAAACCCAAACUAAUCACCCAGUUGGAGCAAGGGGCAGAGCCCCGGAUGGAGGUUCGAGACGUUCCAUCAUGUACCUGUGCAGUUCAGGAGUACUGGUUUGAAGCAAAGAUAUCAACUCUAAAGCAAAAUACUUCUGAAGAAUCUCUUCUGGGAGAGCAAACAAAAAGUGUCAUAAUGGAAAGAAGUCUGGAUUGGGAGGACAGAAGAUCCACAGAGAAGAGGCACUAUAAAUAUAACACUGAUCUGAAGAUUUUCACACAAGUCUGGUGGUUGAUGCUGUUGGAUAGGACCUCAGCAAGAGCUGCUGACAGCAAUACCUACACAUGGCUUUUUCUUGUUGCUGUUUGGGCUUCUUCACAGCAUGGUGCCUGGCUUCCAAGAAUCAGUGUUCCGAGAGAACCAGGUGCUGUCGAGUCGGUUCCAACUCAGCGACCCUGCGUACAAGAGAACAAAAGCCUGCCUGGCCCUGCACUGUCCUCAGGAUCACUGUCAGAACCAGGAUUCUAUCUGAGAUUUUUUUUCCCAUGAGUACAGGGUCAGCAGAAAAGGGGAAGACCCUCAACGAGGUGGAUUGACACCGUGGCUGCAACAAUGAGCUCAAGCAUAACAACGAUUGUGAAGAUGGCUCAGGACUGGGCAGUGGUUCGUUCUGUUGUGCUUAGGGUUGCUAUGAGUCGGAACCGACAUGACGGCACCUAACAACAACAACAACAACAUGUUAAUCAUUGCAUUUUGAAAGUCCAUGCUUGGGUGUCCAAUGGGUCUAUUUUCACUACCUGUUUUUUUCUCUUGAUUUUCAGUCUUUUUAUUUUCUGUUGUAUGUCUAGUUAUUUGUGAUUGAGUGGUGAACAUUGUGAAUGAAAAUACAGAGAUAAUCUGAGGUUCCGGAUGAUAUUAUCUUCCUCCAGAGAUGAUUUGCUUUUGCUUUUGGCGAGCAGUCUAGAAGAUUCUCUUGAUCAGGAAUUGAGGUUAUUCAAAGCUGGGAUGCAUGCCUUAUGAUUGUUAUUCUAUUUAUAGUCCACUCUUACGUGUUUCUUACGUGUAGUAUUUAGUCCUUCAGGGCCUUGUGAUUUCACCAGGGCCUCUACCUCCUGUUUUACCCCAAACUUUCUUUUGUCACUUAACUGCAUAUGAGUCUGGAAGGCCUGUUCAGUGACCCAGACUUUUAGCAACUGCUUGUGCUUUCUGUACUAGGUUGGAUUGUGCCCCCCAAAAAUAUGUCACCUUGGUUAGGUCAUGGGUGGUUGUCUUCCAUUUUAUGAUUUUCCUAUGUAUUUUAAAUCAUAACCUCUGCCUGUGGUUAAAGAGGACUAGGGUGGGAUGUAACACCAUUGCUCAGGUCACAUCCCUGAUCCAAUGUAAAGGGGGUUUUCCUGGGGGGUGACCUGCACCACCUUUUAUCUUACAAGAGAUAAAAGGAAGGGGAAGCAAGCGGAGAGUUGGAGACCUCAUACCACCAAGAAAGCAGUGCCAGGAACAGAGGGUGUCCUUUGGAUCUGAGGUUCCUGUGCUGAGAUGCUCCCAGACCAAGGAAGACUGAUGACAAGGACCUUUCUCCAGAGCUGACAGAGAGAGAAAGCCUUCCCCUGGAGCUGACCUCCUGAAUUUGGACCUGUAGCCUACUAGGCAGUGAGAGAAUAAAUUUGUCUUCGUUAAAGCAAUCCACCUGUGGUAUUUCUGUUACAGUGGUACUAGAUGACUAAGGCACUUUCAGAAUCAGCAAUUACCUUGAUCAGGAAAAACAGCUCCAAAUUCUUGGCUCUUUUCCUCUUCCAGAUAUUAGCCCCAUAAAUUCUCACUGCCUUGGUAGGUCUCUUAAUACCCUCCAGCAGAGUUUUCUGUUUUUAAUAUUUUUUCUAGCUUUUAUAGUUGUUCUUAUUGAGAAGAUUGCUUGUCAACAAAUCUACCAUUGCCAGAAACAGAACCACGAGACUAAUUUUUGUUUUCUAAGCCUGUUUUAUUAAUUAUCUAUUAUGGCAGGUGUUUACAAAUUUUUUCUUAAAUGGUCAGAUUGUCAAUAUUUCAGGCUUGUAGGCCAUAUGAUCUCAACUACUUACCUCUUCCAUUUUCAUGUGAAAGUAACCAUCCACAAUAUGUAGAUGAAUGGGUGUAACUUUGUUUCAAUAAAAUCAUUUACAGAAACAGGUGGCUGGACCAUAGGAUGUAGUUUGCUGACCCUGUAUUACUUCAUAACAAAUUGCCCCAAAACUUAGCAGCUUAAAACAGUGCACUUAUUAUCGCACAUUUCCUUAAGAUUGGGGAUUUGGGAGUGGCUUAGCUGCACAGAUUUGGCUCAAAGUCUCUUAAGACACUGAAGUCAAGAAGUCACCUGGGGCUUUCGUCAUCUGAGGGCUUGAUUGAGGCUAGUGGAUUGAUUUCCAAGGUAGUUCAAUCACAUUGCUUUUAGCAGGAGCCUCAGUUGCGUACCAUUCAGGUCUCACCAUAAGGUUACUUGAAUUUCUUCAUGACAUGGCAACUGGGUUCCCCCAGAGCAAAUGAUCCCAUAGAAAGUGAACAAGGAGGGAACCAUAAUGCCUUUUAUGGCCAGGUUUCUGAUGUGACACACUGUCCCUUCCACCAUAUUCUAACUGAUGAAAUGAGUUGCUAAGACCAGCCACACUCAAGGGGGGAAGGAUUAAGUUUAACUUCUUCAAAGGGGUGUAUCAAAGAAUUUAUAGACAUGUUUUUAAUAUAUACACUAGGCAGUGGGUUUUUUUUUUCUUUGUACUUUAUAGGUUAUUUACUUAUUUCUUACGGCAAUGUUUUUAUCCUUAUACAACUUUAGUUUUAUAGGCAUGAGAAGCUUUUUGAAAAAUAAGAUCUACAGGUAGGUGCAGUAGGGACUGGAUUUUCUGCCUUGUUUGCCAUUACUUAGGAAAUAACCUGUGGAAUGUCAUAGUUUAUCAACUCCAUCCACCCUCAGCCCUAGGGGCAGACAUAACUUUAUAUCCAGAGGAACUGGGCAAGCCUAAACUCUCCUGCUGAAACUUAACACAGAAUUAUGUAGUCCACAGAAUUUUUAACAUUUGAUGGACUUAGUAUGCUUUUUAGUGAAAAAGUAAUUUAGAUUCAGAUGGAGGCUGACAGUGGUUUAUUCUUCCACUUCACAUGCAUUGCUGACCUAUCCCCAAAAUAGUCAUCCAAACAAAAACUAAACCCCUUGCCAUUGAGUCGAUUCUGACUAAUAGCGACCCUGUAGUAGAGAGUAGAACUGCCCCAUAGAGUUUCCAAGGAGCAGCUGUUGGAUUCGAACUGCCAGCCUUUUGGUUAGCAGCUGAGCUGUUAACCACUGUGCCACGAGGGCUCCAAAAAUGGUCAUAGGUUUGGGGAGUGUUUCAGUUAUAUUAGGCAGAGUCAUUGUCCUGGACUUGAGGUAUAAUAAAACUAUUUAUUUAAAGCCUCUACCAUGCAGGGUACCAAAUAACUCAUUGCUCUGCCAACAGGUACAUUUAACUCACACUGUUGCACUGUUAGAGGGGCUUGCGUAUACAGGUUGAGUAUUUCUGCUUAUUGCUUGCUUACCUGUCACCGAGAGGU